AUGGAUUGCACUGGGCCCUGGCAUUCCGAUUGGCAGCUUUUUCGCGACCUUUUUCGCGAUGCCUCGGAGGCCGAGAGCAGCAACGGCACCGGCACCAGGCCGUUCCCCGGCUUCCGACAGGAUCUCUUCGGGGAAGCCUAUCGCUUGUACAAGAAGUGGCAUCAUUUCUUGGCCAGGGGCUUGGAGGAUUAUCCCACUGGGGCGGCGGCCUUUUACCAUGCCUGCCAUUACAACGAGUAUUCCGACUAUUGUCUCUACGGCCACGUGGCGGCCUUAACGUACCUGGCGCACCACACCACGCACGGUCAACGCUUGGAUAUUGCGGCGCAAGCCCAGCGCUUGCUGCACUGGAACCUCUGUUUGGAUUUCUUGGAAUCCUCCAGCUGGGCCUCGUGGGGCUUUACCAUGCUGGACAUUUGGGACAUCGUUCACAACUUCGUUUAUCCGCAGGUGACGACGCUGCACCAAUUUCUGGAAUGGGGUCCCACUAGCACUCCACCUGGAAACGACGAUAGCACUGGGCCGCCCGGCUUUUGGGUCUUCGAACUGGGGUCUCAUCGUGCUCUGUCCAAUGAGCCCAUCGCCAUGCUGAGCCAUGUGCUUCCAGGAUACGACGUGGCACAUGAAAACUUCGUGAAACCGUAUGAGGGCCGUGCAGAAGCCUUCAUUCAUCCCUUCCCCCAAAGUUGCAGUCCCAACUGCGACUACCAGCAGGAGAGUGUUCCUUACACGUUUCCAAUCUUCAUGGACAUGGAGGCUUCCAAGUCGUCCUUCCAAGCCUGGCUUCAGGGAAAUUAUUUCAACAAACCCGCGGUGCGAAGAAGUAGCCUCUUUCUCUGCACGAAUCCCAUGUUCUACUGCAACUUCUUCGCGGGUCUCAACAAGACCAUCCUGGGCUACUUCGGUCUUCCGUUGCUGUACAUGGUGCCGCAUCAGGACGGUGCUAGGUGGCUGGAGGAGUUCACUGCUUUGGCUUCGCUUCCCACUUCGCUUUUCGUCUCCAACAACCCCUUGCAUGCCGAACAGGUGGCCUGGCAGAGUGGGGUACGUCUCCCAGUACUGCGACCUGUCACGCUGUACAUCACUGAGAGGUAUCAACCGGAUCGCCCGGAAGAUGUCUUGGUCCCAGAACCGCGGGAAGCCUGUGUCCUUUACUGCAUCUUGCGGGCCUUCACACCAGCCAACUAUCCGUUGAAGUUCUUCGGAAAGGUCGACACCGACCGGAGCUACACAUCCUUCGCCAGGUUCCGAUCUGUGGUGAUCUAUCCCCAUGACUUUGCGCUAAUGACCUUCUAUGAGUUUUACACCAUGGGCAUGCCUUUGUUUAUGCCGGGGCACCUUUCCAAGUAUCUCUUCCCUUUUAGCGCCUCAGUUCCUUUGCUGGACUGGCUGUCUGACGCGCCCUCGUCCUUCGAAGAACGGCCGCCCUUCAGCCCAUUGAGCCUGUCAAGCUCGGAAGCCCUGCGCUACUGGCAAGGCAAAAUCGACUUCUUCGCGCUGCCCGCGGUGCAGCUCUUCGAAGGUGUAGGGCAUUUGAUGAAUCUCUUGCUGGAGGUGGAUCUGCAGGACAUCAGCCAGCAGAUGCUGACGAACCGUCGCAUCCGCCUCGAAACCGGCACGGCCUUCUGGUUAUCCGUGGCCAACUCGGCCUUGCGCGAUGGGUCCGUGGCGGCGUUCCUGGAAGAGGUCGCCUGCAGAAUCGACACCUUGGGCCUGCAGCUGCAGGCAAUGGAUGACCAGCAGUUCCUUCGAGGACGCAGCCCUCGAAGGUCCUAUGGCUCUGACAUUGCCAGGCGUUUUUUUUUUUCGCUUUUCUGGGCAGAGGAUUUUUGGGAGGGUUUUUGGAUGUGA